AAUAUCAUAACGCACACCGCAUACACACAGCCACGAUUCAUUUUUAUGGAUUUGAUAAUGAUAACAUUCUGUCCAAAAAAAGUACAGUGCGUAUAUAAUAAUAGCCAGGGCUAUUCUGCGAUGACGUAAUGACCGCUGGAGCCAGUGGCCCACGGUACGGCCAUUUAGUGUGACGUGUUAUUUAUGUGCCAGUAGUCGGAUUAAAAACAAAAGGUUAUUAGAGUGUUAACUGUUCCAGGUUCAAACGUCAAUUGAUGGCACGGAUUUUUCGAGUGAUACAUUAUGUGCCAGUAACGCAAUUUAAAAAAGUUAAACUUGUUAGUUCAGUGUUGAGUGUUCCAGGUUUAAAUAUUGAUGAAGUGUAAUUUGAUUUAAAGGGCAACACUCGUAUUGUUUGAAGCUUAUUUUUGUUUUGUAUUUUGAUGAGGUGACAUAACCCCAAUGGGUUGUAAGAAGUGGUUGGUUCUCUGGUCGCUGUGGGCUGCGCGGCUGGUGCGGCAGCCGACGGAGCCGCUGCAGGUCAGCGCUGGCUGGCUCCGAGGAUCCAUAGCAAAUGACGGUUCCCAUGAGGUCUACUAUGGUAUACCGUAUGCGACCGUUCGGGGACGGUUUCAGGCACCGGGUCCUGAACCAGUGUGGGAUGAUGUAUAUGAAGCUAUCAAUGAGAAUGUUCGUUGUCGCCAACGUAAGAACGAAAAAUCUGAUGAAAUGAUAGGCGUUGACAAUUGCCUUAUAAUCAAUGUGUAUAAACCACUGAAUGUUGAAGAUAAACCCUUAGCUGUCAUGGUGUUCAUACACGGUGGUGCAUUCUUCCAAGGAUCCGCAUCACCUUUCAUGUAUGGUCCACAGUAUUUAAUAAAGAAGGGGGUUAUUUUAGUAACCUUGACUUAUAGGCUUAACUUGCAAGGAUUCCUCUGUUUGCGGACAAAAGAAGCCCCAGGUAAUGCUGGAAUGAAAGAUCAAGUGGCUGCUUUGAGAUGGAUUCAACGAAAUAUUAAGGCGUUUGGAGGAGAUCCCGAUAAUAUUACGAUAUUCGGAGAGAGUGCUGGAGCGGCUUCGGUCUCAUUCUUAGUACUUUCACCGAUGGCAAAAGGUCUAUUCCACAAAGCUAUAACGCAAAGUGGAUCCGCAAUUUCGUCUUGGGCCUACCAGUUCAAACCGGUAUACAUGGCAAGUUUGCUUGCAAAAACUAUGGGUUACGAGACCCAAGACCCACAUAAACUGUACAAUUUUUUCAUGCAGAAAUCGAAUACAGAACUUAUUAUUCCUAGAGUACCAAGAAAAAAGGGUGACACGGUCAUAUCUGAGAUAUUAUACACGCCAUGCGUUGAAGAUAUUAUAGAGGGAGAGGAGCCAUUUCUGACAGAAAUACCUUACGAAAUAUUAUCUAAAGGAAAUUUUAAUAAAGUUCCCAUGAUAACAGGCAUCAAUGAUGCAGAAGGUAUUUUGUUUGCGGCUUUAGAAAACGAAACUACUAUAGCAGAAAUAAACUUUGUUGCUAGCCUUCCAAAAGAUUUGGUUUUUCCAUCUGAAGAGGAGAAACGGAAAUACGGUGAAAGAUUAAAGAGUAUAUACCUAGGUGAUGAAGAAAUUACAGAGAAAACUGUCUCAGGAUGGAUAACACUUGGCGGUGAUGAAUAUUUCACUUAUCCUAUUUUAGAAGAAACUAAUCUUAUAGCUAAAGCUAGUGACACACCUGUGUACAACUACUUAUUUGCUUAUGAUGGAAGAAGAAAUUUGGCCAAGUUAUUUUACAACAAAUUCAAAAACAUCCGCGGGGCAAGCCAUGCAGACGAGCUGUUCUACAUAUUUUCAUCUCAUUGGAUAGGAUCUCUGAUGGAGAAUAAGAUGAUUGAUACAAUGACAACAUUAUGGACCAAUUUUGCUAAAUAUGGGGACCCAACACCAGAAAACACCGAUCCCCCAGUGAGAUGGCCGCGCGUGAACCCCGCGGAUCCACAAACACUGGUCAUCAACACCACACUCUCAAUACGACCAAUGUGGGGAAGCGAGGCAUUGCAGUUUUGGCGGGAAAUGUACUCUAAAUAUCGUAGGAAAGAACGAUGAGAUUAUUAGGCCAAUAUGAUUAAUUAAUUAUA